GCUUAACAUGCAUUUAGUGAUUAUUUUGUUACAUCGCUGCUAGAAUGCUUGACGGUUAAAACAAAAGUAGUAUUGGUUAACAAACCAGUUAGCUACAUACAAAAACGUGUCUAACAAUAAGUUAUAAUCCGAGUUUGCGUGAAUUUUUAACGUGAAGAGGGCCGUGGUUCAGGUUAUGUGUCUUACUGGUUUCGGUUUUUGUGGAAAAGUGUAAAUAUUUUUGUUCGACAAAAUGACCAUUCAAAAGGAAAUUGGCGUCGGAGACUUCGUUCUCUUGGACAAAAUUGACUUGGACAGUUUUAUGAAAAACUUGGAAUUAAGAUUUAAACAUGGUAAAAUCUAUACGUAUAUCGGCGAAGUAUGCGUUUCUGUCAAUCCUUAUAGAACAAUGAACAUAUACGAUAGCAAUUAUGUUAACCAAUACAAAGGACGAGAGUUAUUUGAAAAUCCUCCCCACAUAUUUGCUAUCGCUGAUGCUGCUCAUAAAGUGAUGAAAAAACAGGGUCGGGAUACGUGUAUUGUAAUUAGCGGUGAAUCCGGCUCUGGAAAAACGGAAGCAUCCAAAAUAAUAAUGAAAUACAUUGCAGCUGUUACAAAUAUCGGUGUCAGCCCUGAUAAAUAUAGUGGUGGUCAGAAAGAAAUUGAAAGGGUAAAAAACGUUUUAAUACAAUCAAAUUCAAUAUUGGAAGCUUUUGGAAAUGCAAAAACCAACCGUAAUGACAAUUCGUCAAGAUUUGGAAAAUAUAUGGAUAUUCACUUCGAUUUCAAGGGCGAUCCCAUUGGGGGACACAUAAACAAGUAUUUAUUGGAGAAAUCUCGGGUUAUUUAUCAGCAGGGUGGAGAAAGGAAUUUUCAUUGUUUUUAUCAGCUAUUGUUGGGUGCUCCAGAUAGCCUUCUUCAAAACUUAAACUUGACUCGCAACACGGACCAUUACUUUUAUAUAAAACAAGGUCAAGCUGCCAAAGUGGACUCCAUAAAUGAUAAAAACGAUUUCAGAGAGGUCACCUCGUCUCUGCACACCCUCGAGUUCACGAAAUCGGACGAGGAAACCCUUUGGAACGUUGUCGGUGCAAUACUUCAUCUCGGAAACUUGGAAUUUAUCACGGAGGAAGAUCAGUUGAGAGUGAAGGAUCAUAAAAUGGUACAAAACGUUGCAGUUUUAUUAAAGGUACCUGAAGACGAAUUACAGAAUGCCCUUUGUGAGCGUGUUAUUGCUGCACAUGGAGACAUCAUGAGAAAAGAGCAUACUCAGAGUGAAGCUACUUAUGGUAGAGAUGCUCUAGCCAAAGCCAUUUACGACAGAUUGUUCACUUGGAUCGUUACCAGGAUCAAUUCGGCCAUAGCAGUCGAUGAAGCAAGCCGGAAACAGUUCCAAAGUUCCUUGAUCGGAGUGUUGGACAUUUAUGGCUUCGAAAUUUUUGACAAUAACAGUUUUGAACAAUUCUGCAUUAAUUAUUGCAACGAAAAAUUACAACAACUGUUUAUAGAAUUGGUAUUGAAACAAGAACAAGAGGAAUACCAGAAAGAAGGCAUAGAGUGGACCCAUAUCGACUACUUUAAUAACCAAAUCAUCUGUGAACUUGUGGAUGCCCCGCACAAAGGUAUUCUCGCAAUAAUGGACGAAGCAUGUUUAAAUGUUGGUAAAGUAACUGACGAAAUGCUGUUAGAAGCCAUGGAUAAGAAACUUAAGGAUCAUAAACAUUAUUCGUCGAGGCAAACAAAGCCUGCAGAGAAAACAUUAAAACACAAGGUUCACUUUAAAAUAACACAUUAUGCUGGCGAUGUUACUUAUUCCAUAAACGGAUUUUUGGACAAGAACAAGGAUCCUCUCUUCCAAGACUUCAAACGUUUGUUGUACCAUUCUAAAGAUCCCAAUUUGAAGAGCAUGUGGCCCGAAGGGGCCCAGCAUAUCUCCGAGACUACCAAAAGGCCUCAGACUGCAGGAACUCUCUUCAAAAACUCCAUGGCAGCAUUGGUACAAAAUUUGAUGAACAAAGAGCCCCAUUAUGUGCGUUGUAUCAAACCCAAUGAACUCAAAUCGCCGACUCAUUUCAACGAAGAAAGGGUGCGACAUCAGGUGUGCUAUUUGGGGUUGGUGGAAAAUGUACGAGUUAGACGAGCUGGUUUCGUCUACAGACAAAGAUACGACAUAUUUCUUAAAAGGUAUAAGAUGAUCUCGCAAUUUACAUGGCCUAAUUUCCGUUCGGGAACGGACAAGGAUGGCGUCAAAGUGAUAAUGGACGAACAUAAAUUUAGCAACGACGUAAAAUAUGGUCACACGAAGAUAUUCAUAAGGUCACCGAAGACGUUAUUCGCCCUGGAAGCAGCUAGGAACGAACUAAUUCCAGGAAUAGUUACUUUAAUCCAGAAAGUUUGGAGAGGAUAUAAAGCCCGACAGCUAUACAAAAAAAUGAAGGCCCUUUUGGUAAUGGUGGAGGCAUAUCGUAGGAAAAAGAUGCGCGUGUAUAUCGAAACGCUUCAGCAUAGGUUUGCAGGGGCAAGAAGUAUGAAAGAUUAUGGCAAACAUAUUCAGUGGCCGUCAGCCCCUGCGGCUUUAAGGCCGGUCGUUGGGAUCCUUCGAGGCGCCUUCCAAAGAUGGAGAGCGUACAUGAUCCUUAAAGACAUACCGAAAAGGGACUGGCCUCAGAUGAAAUUAAAAAUUUGUGCAGCGUCAGUACUUAAAGGUAAACGAUUAUAUUGGGGCCAAACCAGGACGUGGUCAGGCAACUACCUCGGAUCCCACGAUGAGAACUCAUCGUAUUCUGUCUUCAACGACUGUGUUAACAAUCUACGGAAGACAACCGACUUCCAAGAGGUUCUUUUCUCAUCUUUCGUGACCAAGUUCAACAAAUUUAAUAAAUGUGCCGAAAGAGUUUUGCUAGUCACAAAUCGAUACAUAUUUAAAUUGGAUUGUGCCAAGUUUAAGAAUAUGAAAGAGGGAAUACCGUUCACUGACCUCACCGGUCUCAGCGUCACUCCGGGUCAGGAUCAGCUGAUUGUAAUGCACUGUCGUGGAGGCAACGAUUUUGUAGUGUCCCUCUAUUCGAAUUUGAAAGAGGACAAGAUUGGAGAGCUCGUGGGACUUCUAUGUAACCAAUUUGCAAAGUUACAGCAAUCGGAGCUUCCUGUGACUGUAAGCAAGUCUUUGACAUGUUCCUUGGGUGGCAAGAGAAGGCAAAUUAAUAUCCAAGUCAAAGGAGAUGUGCAGAGACCAACGUUUCAAAAAGACGGUCAAAAUAUCGCUUACCUUUUGCCUUCGAACUAUGCCCUCCUUGAAAAUAACGGUAACACUAAUCUUAUUAAUUAAUUAAAGGAAUGAUAGCGAGAAACUGUUACAAAAUUUUAACUUAAAGUAAGGAAAUUUUUGGACGAUUACUAUCUUUACAUUACUACAUGUACUAGCUUUUUCUUAUGUAUAGUAAGGUUGAAAAAUAUUCUUCAGGAUGCAAAGUAUUUACAUAAUAAUUAUGAUAAAGACAAUGGAAUUUACAGGAACAAGGUUGUGCCUUAAGGAUGUAAUUUUGCACUUAAAACAAUCACUUAAUAUAAUUAUUUGCCUGCCAGUU